UGAGUCUUUGAUUCAAUUCGUUUCACUUGCAGUGAAAUUUUGAUUAUUUAGAUUUUUAGAGUAGGCAUAGUUCAAUAAUUUUAAGUUUAAUCAAAGAUUCGAACAAAAAUGGAUAACUACUGCAGAAUUUGCCGUCGUACUGAGCUGAAGGAUUUCUUCUCAUUGAAUUAUCAAAGUGAUUUUCACAAUCAAACCGGUGAGACAGUUCUGGACAUGUUAAAGUCCAUGAUGGGAUUGAAUGUGGCGUUAGGUGAUAAGCUACCCCAACAGUUAUGCCGUGUUUGCACGGGAGCGCUAGUGGCUGGAUAUGAAUUAAGGAAUCUUUGUAUCGAAUCGGAUACCUUUUUCCGACAGACCCUCCGAACCGACGACCAGAAGCAACCUAGUGACCAAACCGAUCACAAUGAUCUUGAAUCCUGUCUAACGUUGGGACAGAUUAAGCUUGAGCCUUCCCUUCAGGUCGAAGAUACGGGAAUCGAUUAUCUAGAAAUGGAUUUGGGAUAUAAUGUCGAAUUAUCUGUAAAUAGAUUCUACUGUUGUUUGCCGAACUGUAACGUGAAUUAUCAAUUCGAAGAACUAUUGACGGAACACGCUGAAUCGGACCAUCAGUUAGAAAAGGAAGCAAACGCUAGGAAUUGUAACGAUUCCGAGUUUCGUUGCAUCGUUUGUGCUAGGACUUUCGCUGAUGAAGUCGACCUGUUGCAACAUCGGAAUCACACAAAUUCUACAUUGCAGACGGACUCCAACUUCUUGAUCGAGAAGGCCGCCUAUGUGCACAAGGAAAAAUGUACCCAAAACAGCCCUCAGUUUAGACGACCGAAACUCUACGUAAGUCUUCAGGACAGCAUUCCUGAUCUUGAUAAGACGAAUGAUGAAAUCAUUGCCAUGGGUUUCAGUUUCAAUCGAAAGACAACAAUGUUCUAUUGCUGUAUUUCUCAGUGCGCUACUGUUUGCGAAACUCAGCAACAAUUGUGUGAUCAUUUUCAGCAACUCCACCCAAGAAUGCGUGAGGAAAAUAUGCAAAGAAACUCCAACUUAACGAAUAUAUUUCGAUGUCCGAUUUGCUUUUCUGGCUUUCCCACGGAGAAGACACUUCAAAUUCACAUGGAAGAUGCUUAUGAUCCCGCAUUUCGGUGCAAUACCUGUCGCUAUAGUUGCCUAUCCAGGAAGAAUGCCGUUAAACAUGCUAUGGUGCCAUGCGGGGCCAAACUGCAUAGAUGCAGCUGUGGCUUCUCAACACCAUACACAUAUGCUAUUAAGCGCCAUAUGAAUACUCUAGGAUGUCCAAUAGAGGGCAGUUCGCUAAGAAAUUAUAGAAUCAGACCAACUAAAUCCAGCGAAAAGGGUGCUACUGGCAGCGAAACUCGUAAAAGUGAAAUAUAUAAAUGCCAAAAUUGCGAGAAAUUUUUCAGGACUAUAGCGAGCCUUCGAAGGCACACAGAAUCAGAACUUUCACGUGCGUUGGCAAAACAGGAGGCAAGAGACCCGGGGAAGAAAGUUGUCGGAUCCUUGCAAAAGCAGUACACAUGCUGUUGGUGUAAAGCGAUCACCGAUGAUAGUAGCCAUCUGGUGCAGUGCAUGGUCAAAGCCGAAAAGGACACCGGAGAAGAUAUCGGACACAAAUGUUCCAACUGCGAUAGAAAGUUUAUAUAUUACAACAAGUAUUUAGAACACAGGAACCGUAAAGUCUGCCUACAUAAGAGUUGGAUUAGAAAAACGCAUAGUAAGAGAUCAGGGGAGAAAAUAUCAUCUUCUUCUUCUUAGUUCCAACGUCGGUCUCUGUUCCGCAAGCUAGUGCCAAUCAUCGACGGACAUCGAUUCCCAUCCAUUGACGACAAUCGAAUGUGGAGGGAGGCCGCAUCCACACUUGCGUAGGAUAUCGCACCCAUCAAUAAAAACAUGGACAGCUACCAAGGGCUAUACUUCUCUUCCGAAGGAAGACGUGACCAGAGGUUUUUUUUUUGCCCACCGACCUCGGCUGGGAUUGAACCCAGACCCAUUGGGGUAAGAAGCAGUCACGCUUACCACGCUAACCAGUCACGAGAUGAUCAUGAAAGUAGUCCUGGCAACACUUACAUUUGUAAUGCACGGCGAAUGAGAACAACCCAAAUUUGAGUUUGGUUUACUCAUAAAGUACAUUUCUAGAUUUGUCCAGGAACCAAUUUUCGAAUAUGAGAAAAGUAAAGAUUGCGUUCACUUAGUACUACGGUACUAUAGAGUAAAAUUUUCGUCAAAUUUCCUCGUUUUCUGGCAGAUUUUUAGGUUUUCCACAGAAAAACAAGGCAAAUUUACUCAUCGCUGAGUUCCUGCACUUUUGGGGAUUAUGAGUAAACUAAACUCAAAUUUGGGUCGUUCUCAUUAGCCUCUCCGUGUGCCU